UAGACACUUCCUUUUACUGGAGACGCACCGGCGCCGGAGCCUCUUCUCAAAUAAUCUCUAAAAAAAAAAGAGCUCGGUCAACUAUUCCCUUAAAAGACCUCCGGCAAUUUUCCGAGGCACAUCAAAUCGAGUUGAAACGUGGAAUAUCCCUUUAUACCAUUCUUCAUGCCUACCCGACGAUAAUUCAAGAUGGAUUCGGAAGACGGAGAGCAAUACGUUAAGCGCCUGGCCGUUUAUGUGCGGACGCACGAGAAGGCGCUCGCGAAUGCCUUGCAGUCUCGAAGGCAAAAUGGCCCUCGACAUGGCCCUAGCCAGAGUGUCUCUUCCAUACAGGUUCCAACCUCGCCGGCAUCUAUACCCGAACGUCCUGCGACGUCUGCCUCGACACCUGGCCCGCUUGCGGCGGCAUUAUCAUUUAGUUCGCUGAGUUUAACGUCUAACAGUGUCAAAUCAGCGAGACUGAGCCUCACGCCGCAUCAUCUAUUCUAUUUAUUGACCCGCUUCGAAGAGCUUGGAAUCCCUGUCGGUCCUAUGAAGGUACGCUUGGAGAGUCUACAUGACACCUCAGUCGCUGCCAACUAUGUGUCGUUUCUGAGCUCCUCCCAACGCACCAAGAGCCGUGGUUCUGAUGCUGUAUCUAUACGAUCCGUUUCGAGCAUCCGAAGUGUGAUGACGGGGAUGUCCUCCAUAUGGAAUAGUUUUGGGAUUGGGUCAACUAUCUCUGCUGCUCGGGUUGAGAGACAGAAGGCUGCUUUGCAAUCUGAUCUCAAAUAUCUCUAUUCUGCUUUCACCAAGAUACCCACCCUCCGACUCGCACCUGACUGGCGUACGAAGUUAAUAAAAGGCUACGAAGAGUUUCCCUUCGACUCCGCAGUCCCGCUAUAUGUCUUCAAGAAUUUGCAGGCAUUAGAAAUCAACGGUAUUGAUUUUAGACAGUUCUUUGGCUGGGACCGUAUGGCGGAACAAAUUCGAUCACUUACUCUCAAGCAAGCCAAUAUCGAAGACCCAGCGGACAUUCUCAUCGACAUCGUACUAGACGAUAUGGACAAGAGGCGACGACGAUCCUCAAAGACACAGUCAUCUCCUACGGGUGCGUAUGCCCACGCAUCAAACCCACGACGAAGUCCUACAAUUCCCUACGCUGGAUCGCAUGGUUCCAAUGUGCCGCCGGAAAUUCCAGAGCGUCGAUAUUCGGUAGCAGAUAUACGCAUGGGGUCAAUAAACACCGGAUCAACCGAAAGUAUAUCAGCUCAGGAGUGCCGCCGCCCCUCUGUUUCCCGGGUCGAAACUGACGAGCCAGUAACUACUACCAAAUCAUCGAGACCUAGGAGUCAUUCCCCUAAUCGUCCGGCAACCGCUCGUCAUCAUACGACAAAUUCUAGAGGGUCACAUAAAGUGAAGCGUUCUGGUUCUGGUAGCUCACAUUCAAGUCUAUCCGAUUCAUGGCAUAACCCGAGAAACAGUGCUUCAAACCUCCUUGCAAUGGGUGUCCUCCCCGCCUCCAAAUGGCGAUUCUUGAAACAUCUCAGCUUAGCAGAUAACUCCCUAACCGUAAUCCCAGCUACAAGCCUUGCUCCCUUGGCUAACACCUUGGGCUCUUUGGAUCUCUCAACAAACCUUUUCACACAAAUCCCGGAUAGCUUAGCAACCCUCACCGCCCUUCGUGCUCUCAACCUUUCGCACUGCAUGAUUGACUCUCUACACUCAUUACUUCGCAACCCUUUGCCAGCUAUCAGCGCUCUAAAUCUCAGGGCCAAUCGCCUUCAGUCGAUUGCAGGCAUCGAGAGGCUCUAUCCAUUAGAGAGAUUGGACCUUAGAGAUAACCGCUUAACUGACCCAACAGAGCUAGCUCGUCUAACCGGUAUUCCUGAUUUACGAGAGAUAUAUGUUGAGGGUAAUCCUUUCACACGGACUCACCGAGACUACCGUGUUACCGUAUUCAACCUUUUCCGCAACACCCCGGGAUAUACUGAAGAUAUAAUAAUCGAUGGCUCAGGCCCAUCCAUGUCUGAGAGGAGAUAUCUCGUGGACCGCGUCGCCAUACCCGCAGCCGUUCCUGUAGUUAAGCCCCAUAUUCCAGAAAUACCGGCUGUAGAUGUGAGCAAGCCAGCUAAGCCAGCCAUUAUCUACGAUACUGCAAGGGAACCAGCCGUCUUGCGUAAAGAGAGGCCGUCUCGGCCUACCCCUAAGGCGGUAGCUAGUGAGGUCAACACAAGUUCUACGAGGCGGCGGCGUGUUCCCAAACGCAGAAUAGUUGAUCUCGCUACAAAUGACCGUGCCGGUGAUGCCCUACAGCAAUCGAUCAGCAUCGACGAGGUUGCUCCUGAACCACCCGUCACGAUAGUUGAGUUGAACAGUAACUAUCGCGUCUCUCAGGCCCCCGAGACGCAAGCUUUGCCAACGACUGUACUGUCGGAAACGAGAGCACCCAAUAGUGUGGAUCUACCAGAGGUCCCACGUAUCAAUACCAAUACAAUUUUGCAGCAUCCUGCAACGUUUCUGAGUAAGGAGACUCCGGAUUUGUGGAAAGAAACACAGGAUUGGAAUGUCAGUGGUGAAAUCUACCGGCAGAAAAUUGAAGCACUACGGGACAAGGUGGGCAAUGGCUACCUAAGCGUCCUUAACGAGGAGAGUUGGGAGUCAUCUAGGCCAACGUUUGUUACUGGAGACUUCAGUCCUGGCUCAACGAUACGGCCUAGCCACGCUACUCGUACUCCCAGUGCACAAGCAAUCCCUACUGGUGGCACAAUGGGUUGACCAGAAACUGGAGUCAAGUAGCCACCUUUUCUUUCCACCUCACGAGACGGUCCUCUUUGGGAAAGUAACACACCUAUACCUGUUUCGUUAUUGUGGAAUUUUAUAUACCAUUGUUGCAUUGUGUCACUUUAGUUAUGCCUGAUAUUCACGGAGCAUAGCGUUUGGGCGUUUUGAUGGAAGGGGUCUAUGAUCUUGCAUUGUUCCGUUCUGUGGCAUCACCAUAGAUUCAACGUGUUUGUUCUAUUCUCAUAUAAAUUUGGGCAAUAGAAACCAGCAUUAUUCUUGCGAGUCCCGUUGGCACUCGGAGAGGGGCUUAGGUUGACUUGUAA